AUGCCGAGGAGCCAGCGAGUCAAUGCAACGUCCAAGGCCAUCUCUGGAGAGCAGAAACUUGCAGCAGAGGCAUGGCAGAGCCGUCUCACACAGAGCAGCCUGAACUAUCUUCCUCGGCUUCAGCCUCGGAGUCGAAAGCGAAAGAAAGCCCCCACGUCGUGCUCCCAGGAGGUGGACCUGCCUGGGAUCCUGUACAGAGCCUCUCUAGAGAGGGCCUUCAUGCGGACAAAUGACUACUCCAGGAAGCACCAGGACGACGGCAGUGACUGGACAUCUUCGCUCAUGAGCCGCAGGCCGCACCGCCAGCCCUUAGUGCUCGGCGAAGUCUGUUGCGACCUAGUGGGCAAACUGGCUGGACUGCCUGAGGUGGACCAGGAAGAGGGGGAAGAAGAGGAGAGGAGGAAGAGGAGAGAGGAGAAGAUGGUGGACGGAGGGGCAGACAGACCGGACACCCCCGCUCAUCCUCUCCGGCUCAGCCGCUCACAGGAGAUCUGCAGAAAGUUCUCAUUAACUACAAACAUCUUCAAGAAGUUCCUGCGCAGCGUCCGGCCCGACAGGGACAAGCUGCUCAAGGAGAGACCUGGCUGGAUGGCUCCCGAGCUGCCGGAGGGCGACCUCUUCAAAAGGCCUAAGAAACUGGUUCCUAAAAGUUCAAAAGGCAGCUUUUACCUGCCGUUCUGGGCAAAUGGACAGCAGGGCAAAGGCAGGCCGUGUCCACAUCUAGCUGAAGCGGAGAGGAACCACCAACACCACUUCCCCCAGGUCCACCAGCAGCCAUUUGCUGGGAUUUAUUUAGACAGGAGACAGCCAGAGACUGGUCUGGAGAAAAUGCAGCCCUUGUUUGACUACAACACAGCUGUGUGGGUCUGACAGUGAGGCCAACAGACUGCCAGUGAUGCCAGACUGAGUGAGUGACAGGUGCUAGGGGAUUUUGGCUGUGCUGGAGGGCAAUGAAUGAAUGAAUACAAGGCUUGGAUACAGUUAUCUUCCAAAAAUGAACCAAUGAACUUCACACACACACACACAACGAGAUUAUCAGGGCAGCAUUUUGUCUGACAAUCCUAAAACCUAAAGCUUGUUUGCUGUGUGUGCGAGUGUGUGCUGGAGAGUGUCUGAGGCGGAGUUAAAGAGAAACAUUUUUUUGAGGACUUAUGCUGCAAGUUUUUUAUUAUUCACAUUUCUUCUUAUGUGUGUGUGUGCAUGUAUGACUGGAUUCUCUACAUGUCUUAAAAGACGGUACCUUGAAAUGGACAUCUUUCUCAGAAUGUCACCAUCAUCACAGAUCUUUCUAAUAAAACAUCCACAGACACUCCUAUGCUACAAGACAUACUAUAUAUCACUUUUUUGCAUCUAUGAAUAGAAACACCAACUGUUGGAUUGCAUGGUUACUGUUUUUAUAAGUGAUGCUACAAAACAGCUGUUACUGAACGCACUGCCACUAAACACAGUCAUAUGCUCACAUUUGUUUCCAGCAGGCCUUUGGCGCCAUGGAAACUCAGGUUUAACUGAACCAUUGGUCUCAUUCACCUUGCUCAGGGAAAGAAUUUUACACAGGAGUAAACUUUUAAAACACUGCCGCAUCUAAAUGGGUUCCAAAUACAGUUUUGCCUAGUUUCAUUUUACUAAGAAAGACAUAACAGCAAUACAGAGCAUGAUUAGUUCAAAGACUGCACAUUAAACUUCGGGAUUUGUCCCUCAUAUUCAGCAGUGUUGUGCUUGCUGUCAUGUUAGAAAUACUAUUUUUUCUUCUCUGCCAUGCAGACAUGGCACAUGUUGAGUCAACUGUCAGUCCUCCUGGGUUGCUACACAGGGAGAGGAGGGAGUAAAGAUGGCACAGCCAGUACUGACUGACUGACUGCCAUCUGGUACCCGAUCGUUAUGUAAAGCCCAUUCAUGACAGUCUCGAAUAAGAUGCAAAACGGGCUUGUUUAAUCCCAAAGCUUUGUGGAUGAACUGAAUUAUGACGAUGGUGUUACAUACUGUAUAUAUACAAAACACACAGGUGAAUACAUUAAAAGGCUGCAACAAUGAUGAGACAGAGUUGAGGUAAAGACCCCCAAUCUCUUUCAGACAGGAUCAAGUUAAAUGUACAGAACAUUGUACAUAUUUGUCAUCAAUCAAACAACAGCUAUAACAAAUAUUUUCUGUAAUAUCCCAUCGCAUGGUUUUCAUUAUUCUGCACAGAUAAAUAUGUCACAGUAAUAUUACAGUUCUUACCGUGUAAACAACAUGUAAACAACACCACAACGCUUGUAUUUAAACCACAGACUGAUGGGUUCAUCUUUGACUUACAGUAUCUAUUCUCUUGAAUCAUAAUAAAAACAGUUUCUAUGUUUUUCAUUUCAAGUGGCAUCAAACAGAUAAAAACAAACUACGGCUUCCUUCAUAUAAAUAUGAGGAUUCCCUCAGGAUUACAGAUAAUACUGCCUGCUCUGACUUAAAAUACUUUUAUAGAGGACCACUGUUAUGCAAGGACAAUCUGAUACUCUAACUUCUUAUUGUUAUGAAAAAGCAGUUAAUUUCACUCAGUUUUAAAAAGGGAUCCCAGACCAAUCAACUUAGCCAGCAGGGAUUAGGCCUUAGGUCUUUUGAGUGUCUUGGCCAGUCGAUCCAUAUGGUGUUGUCUCAGUAUUCAGGUCAAUACAUACCACACAUUCAAAGGGUCCAACACACACACAUACACGGUUGAUGCCAUGAGGCACAGUCUGAGAUGUCAUAUCACACAGUAUGUGUAUGUAAAUGUAACAUUUAUUUCUUCCUAUUUACAGUUGUCUAAGUGUAAUUUUCAGCACUGUUGUUGAUAUUUUUCAUCAGGGUUCUGCGAACCGUCAGUAGUGAUUCUGUGUCAUGUGCACUGUACAACUGUCACUGACUCUUUGU